AGACUCACAGGAAAGCUGCCCCACUGGUGUUUCUUGGAGCUGGAGUGAGUUCCUGACUGUGUGUGUGAGUGUGUUAAAGUGUGUGUACUGGUGGACACACUGCUAAGCUGAGAUCUUCACUACGGCCUUACUAAUGGAGGAUCAUGGAUCUGACGGGAAAGCGGUGAAGUAUUACCGCUUGUCUGAAGUGGAGGAGCACAACUCGUUCAAAAGUACAUGGAUCAUCAUCAACCAUAAUGUGUACGACGUGACAAAGUUCCUAGAAGAGCACCCAGGAGGAGAGGAGGUGUUACGAGAGCAGGCUGGAGGUGACGCCACGGAGAGCUUCGAGGACGUGGGUCAUUCCACAGACGCCAGAGAAAUGAAAAAGAGCAUGAUGAUAGGAGAACUGCAUCCGGAUGACAGGCAUAAGAUCGCCAAACCACCCGAAUCACUCGUAACCACAGUUCAUGAACCCACAAGCUGGUGGACGAACUGGUUGAUACCCCUCCUGGCGGCUGUGAUCGUCACACUGAUGUACCGUAUAUAUACAGCUGAAGAUGCAUGACCGGUGCUUUUACUCACACACACUCAGUGGACUGUUGGUGUUCAGCUGUCAUUGCUGUAUGUAAUUUCCUCAGCACACAUUCCGAACGCUGAACUCGACCAUCCAUAAGAUAAAACAUUUCAGGGUUUGUUUUUUUCCACCAGCCGUCACAGCUAUAAUUAAUGAAGGUUUUUUUUUCCUAAUAGUUGCAAGCCUCUGUGUAAUUAAACACAACAGUAAGGCAGUAGAUGUAUAACGAUUUCUAAUUACAUGCAUAAACCUGCUUUGAAAAAACAACAAAAAAAAAAGGCAUGCAAUUAGUGUGCAGGUUUUGAGACAGGUUUCUGAGGCAUUAUCAGUGAUUUUGUGUUUUUUUUCUUCAUGAUUUUGUUUCAUAACACAAAUAGAUUAACGUUGACCUUUGAAGGCAAUUCUUUCUCUUUUUCUUUAGCUCGUACUAACCUUUUUAUGUAUCACACACUGGAUUAUAACGCCAACUUUUUUUUUCUUUUUAUAUUUCUUUAAAAAAAAAAUGCUGCUGUUGUCUUA